ACUUGGACUCUGAAGUUAUGAGGUAUGAUGGUAUCCUCAGAUCAGUUCACACAGACGGCUGGACUGACAAGGAACAAUAAGCAGCUUCUCCUCUUGAAAUGUUUCCUCAACACAUGGAGGUGGAAAGUGUCUGAAGUUGAUCUGAAGUGAGUUCAGCAGGUGUGUCUCUGCUAUGAAUCAGAGUGAGGACAGAGAGGAGGGAGUCGAUCCCUCUGAAACCACUCUGUGUGGGGAACAUGAGAACCAGACCAAAGCUCAGAGAACAAAGCAGCAGAACAGACCUCAAUCUGAAGCUGAACCUGAGUCCAGUUCUGUGUCCAUGAGCAGUGACUUGUCUACGGACAAACCUAAAGACUUCAAAGAUGGGCACCACUCUGGUGAACAAAGGAUUCAGCAGCAGAUACCAGCCUCUCCUGAACCCAGCUGUGUGUCCAUGAAGAGUGAUAAGUCUAUGUUUGAACACAUUGACUUCAAAGAUGGACAUCAGUCUGUUGAUGAAGGUGAGAAUCAGAACUCAGAGGAUCUCAGAGGUCAGUCUGUCCCUCAGCAUCGAACAGAUCUGGACUCCAUAUUAAUGCUGCUGGGAAACAUCAUCAGUUACGUGAAGAAUGAGAUGAAGAAAGUCCAGAAGGUUCUGAGUCCAGAUUACCCAGAAUGCUUAGAGAGUCCAAGGGAGGAGGAGGAGGAGUUGGAGGGUGAAGAUGAAGAGCAGAGGAGGAGCAGCAGAGAGUCAUUUCUGAAGAUCACACUGCACUUCCUGAGGAGGAUGAAGCAGGAGGAGCUGGCUGACCGUCUGCAGAAGACUGUUGUUGUGAAGUGCCAAAAACAACUCAAGUCUAACCUGAAGAAGAAGUUCCAGUGUGUGUUUGAGGGGAUCCCUAAAGCAGGAAACCCAACUCUUCUGAAUCAGAUCUACACAGAGCUCUACAUCACAGAGGGAGGAACUGCAGAGGUCAAUGAUGAACAUGAGGUCAGAUGGAUUGAAUCAAUAUCCAGGAAACCAGACAGAGCAGAAACAACCAUCAGACAAGAAGACAUCUUUAAAGGCUCACAUGGAAGAGAUGAACCAAUCAGAACAGUGAUGACAAAGGGAGUGGCUGGCAUUGGGAAAACUGUCUUAACACAGAAGUUCACUCUGGACUGGGCUGAAGACAAAACCAACCAGGACAUCUACUUCACAUUUCCAUUCACUUUCAGAGAGCUGAAUGUGCUGAAAGAGAAAAAGUUCAGUUUGGUGGAACUUGUUCAUCACUUCUUUAGUGAAACCAAAGAAGCAGGAAUCUGCAGCUUCCAACACGUCCAGGUUGUGUUCGUCUUUGACGGUCUGGAUGAGUGCCGACUUCCUCUGGACUUCCACAACAACGAGAUCCUGACUGAUGUUACAGAGUCCACCUCAGUAGAUGUGCUGCUGACAAACCUGAUCAGGGGGAAACUGCUUCCCUCUGCUCAUCUCUGGAUAACCACACGACCUGCAGCAGCCAAUCAGAUCCCUCCUGAGUGUGUUGACAUGGUGACAGAGAUCAGAGGGUUCACUGACCCACAGAAGGAGGAGUACUUCAGGAAGAGAUUCAGAGAUGAGGAGCAGGCCAUCAGCAUGAUCUCCCACAUGAAGACAUCACGAAGCCUCCACAUCAUGUGCCACAUCCCAGUCUUCUGCUGGAUCACUGCUACAGUUCUGGAGGAGCUGUCGAACACCAAAGAGGGAGGAGAACUUCAGACCCUGACUGAGAUGUUCAUCCACUUCCUGGUGGUUCAGACCAAAGUGAAGAAGGUCAGGUAUGAUGGAGGAUCUGAGACAGAUUCACCCUGGAGUCCAGAGAACAGGAAGAUGAUUGAGUCUCUGGGAAAACUGGCUUUUGAGCAGCUGCAGAAAGGAAACCUGAUCUUCUAUGAAUCAGACCUGGCAGAGUGUGGCAUCGAUAUCAAAGAGGCCUCAGUGUAUUCAGGAGUGUUCACACAGAUCUUUAAAGAGGAGAGAGGACUGGACCAGGACAAGGUGUUCUGCUUCGUCCAUCUGAGUGUUCAGGAGUUUCUGGCUGCUCUUCAUGUCCAUCAGACCUUCAUCAACUCCGGUAUAAACUUACUGGUAGAGCAACAACAAGCAACCUACAAGACACCAAAACCAAUCAAAGACAAAACAAAACUAAAACAUCUACACCAGACAGCUGUGGACGUGGCCUUGCAGAGUCCAAAUGGACACCUGGACUUGUUCCUGCGUUUCCUCCUGGGUCUUUCACUGCAGACCAAUCAGAAUCUCCUACAAGGCCUGCUGACACACACAGAAAGUAGCUCAAAAACCAAUCAGGAAACAGUCCAGUACAUCAAGAAGAAGCUCAGUGAGAAUCUGUCUGCAGAGAGAAGCAUCAAUCUGUUCCACUGUCUGAAUGAACUGAAUGAUCGUUCUCUAGUGGAGGAGAUUCAAAUGUCCAUGAGAUCAGGAUGUCUGUCCACAGAUGAACUGUCUCCUGCUCAGUGGUCAGCUCUGGUCUUCAUCUUACUGUCAUCAGAAGAACAUCUGGAUGUGUUUGACCUGAAGAAGUUCUCUGCUUCAGAGGAGGCUCUUCUGAGGCUGCUGUCAGUGGUCAAAGCCUCCAACAAAGCUUUGCUGAGCAGCUGUAACCUCUCAGAGAGAAGCUGUGAAACUCUGUCCUCAGUCCUCAGCUCUCAGUCCUCUCGUCUGAGAGAUCUGGACCUGAGUAACAACGACCUGCAGGAUUCAGGAGUGAAGCUGCUUUCUGCUGGACUGAAGAGUCCACACUGUGAACUGGAAACUCUCAGUCUGUCAGGUUGUCUGGUCACAGAAGAAGGUUGUUCUUCUCUGGUCUCAGCUCUGAGCUUCAAUCCCUCCCAUCUGAAAGAGCUGGACCUGAGCUACAAUCAUCCAGGAGACUCAGUGAAUCUGCUUUCUGCUGCAGUGGAGGAUCCACACUGGAGGCUGGACACUGUGAGGGUGGAUCAUUGUGGAGAGCAGAGAUUAAAACCUGGUCUGAGGAAGUAUUUCUGUGAACUUGAACUGGACACAAACUCAGUGAACAGAUUCCUGAAACUGUCUGACAACAACAGGAAGGUGACGGUGGUGGAGGAGGAGCGGCCAUAUCCUGAUCAUCCAGACAGAUUUGACUGUAGUCAGCUGCUGUGUAGAACUGGUCUGACUGGUCGCUGUUACUGGGAGGUGGAGUGGAGUGGAGAGGUGCAUGUAUCAGUGAGUUACAGUGGAAUCAAAAGGAAAGGAGACCGUGGUAGAUGUGUGUUUGGACGGAAUGAUCAGUCCUGGAGUCUGAGCUGCUCUGAUGAUGUUGGUUACUCUGUCUGGCACAACAACAGAAGAAGAUUAAUCUCCUCCUCCUUCUCUAACAGAGUGGCAGUGUACGUGGACUGUCCUGCUGGAAUUCUGUCCUUCUAUAAAGUCUCCUCUGAUUCUCUGAUCCACCUCCACACCUACAACACCACAUUCACUGAACCUCUGUUUGCUGGAUUCAGAUUACAGUCAUCCUAUUCCUCACUGUCUCUGUGUUCUCUGUAGGAGGGAGAGCUUCAACGCUGUGCUUUAUGUGUUGAGGACGUUUGCAUCUGAAUCACUGAUUGUGAUUUAAUGCAGGGACAUGUUGUUUAUAGGAUUAGACAGUAAUGCACUACACAAAACCAGGAACACACAAUCAGAUUACGGUGAAUGAAUUGUUGUAAUCAUUCCAGAUUAAAUUCUGGCAAGCAUGAUUUUAGAUUAGUCAUAAAGUCAAUGAAUAUUGAAUACUUCAGUCCUAUUUUGUCACUGAAACAAUGUGAUGAAUGGCAGUGUGACAAAAAAUGUGAAAGAAGUUUCUUUAUUAUUUAUUUUAGUAUGUUUCGUUUGACACUGCUGAUCCACAUGUUCCACUGUAACUGCAUAUUUCCACUUUCUCCUUGUACUUGGGUUUUUUUUGUACAUACUUGUAAGUGUUGUGUUGUGAGUGUUUCAGUUGGCUUUAAUAAGGAGCUUGAAAGUCAUGAUUCAGUUUGUUCCUCUGAAAUCAGCACCUUACAUUACCUGUACUUUGACACCAAUCAUGUAUUUUUUUCAUUGUAAUGUGAAAUCUUUAUGUGAUACCUGCUGCCACAUUUGAAAGUGAUAAAAUGUGGGCAAUAAUAUUUACGAUGUGUCCUUCAGCACAGUGAGUGAAUAUUGUGCAAAGCAUUAAAAUGAAAGAGCAUGUGACUCCUUGAAUGCCCUUGUUUCAAUGUUUAUGUAAAGAAAUGUGG